AGCCGUGCGGCCAGAGCGGGAAAGGGACUCGUCUUUGCGUCCGAGUUCUGCAACCGCCGCACCCCGGCUCCUGGGGCUGCAGCAGGGGCUGUGAGGUGACGGGCGUCCGCUGUCUCCCGGGUUCCGCUCGUAGCGACCCGCGGGAUCCGAAAAGGGAGAAGAUGGAGGAGGGUGGUAGCGGCGGCGGCGCCGCGGGGACCAGCGGGGACGGCGGCGACGGGGGAGAGCAGUUCCUCACUGUCAAGCACGAGCUGCGGACCGCUAAUUUAACAGGACAUGCAGAGAAGGUGGGGAUUGAAAAUUUUGAACUCCUGAAGGUCCUAGGAACUGGAGCUUAUGGAAAAGUAUUUCUAGUUCGUAAAAUAAGUGGUCAUGAUACUGGAAAGCUGUAUGCCAUGAAAGUUUUGAAAAAGGCAACAAUAGUCCAAAAGGCCAAAACCACAGAGCACACAAGGACCGAACGACAAGUCCUGGAGCACAUUAGGCAGUCUCCAUUUUUGGUGACAUUGCACUAUGCUUUCCAGACAGAAACCAAACUUCAUCUCAUUUUAGAUUAUAUAAACGGUGGAGAACUUUUUACUCAUCUUUCUCAAAGAGAGCGUUUCACAGAGCAUGAGGUGCAGAUCUAUGUUGGAGAGAUUGUGCUUGCCCUUGAACAUCUCCACAAGUUGGGGAUUAUAUACCGUGACAUUAAGCUUGAGAAUAUUCUACUUGAUUCUAAUGGCCAUGUGGUGCUGACAGAUUUUGGUCUGAGUAAGGAGUUUGUGGCUGAUGAAACUGAAAGAGCAUAUUCCUUUUGUGGAACUAUUGAAUACAUGGCACCAGAUAUUGUCAGAGGGGGAGAUUCAGGACAUGACAAGGCAGUUGACUGGUGGAGUUUAGGUGUACUAAUGUAUGAAUUACUAACUGGAGCCUCUCCUUUCACUGUUGAUGGAGAAAAAAAUUCCCAAGCUGAGAUUUCUAGGAGAAUAUUAAAAAGUGAGCCUCCAUAUCCCCAAGAAAUGAGCGCUUUAGCCAAAGACCUAAUUCAGCGUCUUUUGAUGAAAGAUCCCAAGAAGAGAUUGGGAUGUGGUCCACGUGAUGCAGAUGAAAUCAAAGAACAUCUCUUCUUUCAGAAAAUGAAUUGGGAUGAUUUAGCAGCCAAAAAAGUACCUGCACCGUUUAAGCCAGUCAUUAGAGAUGAAUUAGAUGUGAGUAACUUUGCAGAAGAGUUCACAGAAAUGGAUCCCACCUAUUCUCCUGCAGCCCUGCCCCAGAGCUCUGAGAGGCUGUUUCAGGGCUAUUCCUUUGUUGCUCCUUCCAUACUGUUUAAGCGUAAUGCAGCUGUCAUAGAUCCUCUUCAGUUUCACAUGGGAGUUGAACGUCCUGGAGUGACAAAUGUUGCCAGGAGUGCAAUGAUGAAGGACUCUCCAUUCUAUCAACACUAUGACCUAGAUCUGAAGGACAAACCAUUGGGAGAAGGAAGUUUUUCAAUUUGUCGAAAGUGCAUACACAAAAAAAGUAACCAAGCAUUUGCAGUCAAAAUAAUCAGCAAAAGGAUGGAAGCCAAUACUCAGAAAGAAAUAACAGCUUUGAAACUCUGUGAAGGACACCCCAAUAUCGUGAAGUUGCACGAAAUUUUUCAUGAUCAGCUUCACACAUUCCUAGUAAUGGAACUUCUAAACGGAGGAGAGCUGUUUGAACGCAUUAAGAAAAAGAAACACUUCAGUGAGACCGAAGCCAGCUACAUCAUGCGGAAGCUUGUUUCGGCCGUAAGCCACAUGCAUGAUGUUGGAGUGGUGCAUAGAGAUUUGAAACCUGAGAAUUUAUUGUUCACUGAUGAAAAUGACAAUCUGGAAAUUAAAGUAAUUGAUUUCGGGUUUGCACGCCUAAAGCCACCUGACAAUCAGCCUCUUAAGACUCCCUGCUUCACCCUUCAUUAUGCGGCCCCAGAGCUCUUAAAUCAUAACGGCUAUGACGAAUCCUGUGACCUGUGGAGCCUGGGUGUCAUUUUGUAUACAAUGUUGUCAGGGCAGGUUCCCUUCCAAUCUCAUGACAGAAGUUUGACAUGUACCAGUGCAGUGGAAAUCAUGAAGAAAAUUAAAAAGGGGGAUUUCUCCUUUGAAGGAGAAGCCUGGAAGAACGUAUCUCAAGAGGCUAAAGAUUUGAUCCAAGGACUUCUCACAGUUGAUCCAAAUAAAAGGCUUAAAAUGUCUGGUUUGAGGUAUAAUGAAUGGCUUCAAGAUGGCAGUCAGCUGUCCUCAAAUCCUCUGAUGACCCCAGACAUUCUAGGGUCUUCAGGAGCUGCUGUGCAUACCUGUGUGAAAGCUACCUUCCAUGCCUUUAACAAAUACAAGAGAGAGGGGUUUUGCCUUCAGAAUGUUGAUAAGGCCCCUUUGGCUAAGAGAAGGAAAAUGAAAAAGACUAGCACCAGUACGGAGACACGCAGCAGCUCAAGUGAGAGUUCCCAUUCUUCCUCCUCUCAUUCUCAUGGUAAAACUACACCCACAAAGACGCUGCAACCCAGCAAUCCUGCUGAUGGCAAUAACCCAGAGACCCUCUUCCAGUUCUCCGACUGAGCAGCAUAGGAAUGGUAGGAAUGUAAUCAGUGAUCCAUUGCACCUUUAUUUUUCCCUCAGCAUAUGCCUGAGGCGAUGUUUUGUGCUUCUAAAAAUAUGUCCCAUUGGAAUCUGCCUCUUAGUGAAUUUUUUCAGGAAAACCGUUUGGUUAUCCUUGUCCAAAAGCACUGGACAGAGAAUGUUACUGUGAAUAGAGCACAUUAUACUUUUUAGCAGCCUAGCAUGAUGCCAACAGGACUACUCUUGAAAGAGCAAAGGUUUUUGUAGCUUUAAUUAGGGACUGGUUAGAUUUGAAGUGCUUACAAAGUAAGUCACAGGUUUUUUGGAUGUCUGCCAACAAGAGUUGACUUGUACUGUGAUGACGCCUUUUGCUUUGCCUUGUGGACAGUGGGUUUUUAAGAGAUUUGCACCUUUUGAACAGUGAUUUAUCAGAGAAAAAGCUCUGUUUUCAAAAAAGGUUCUGUAAUAAAUUUUAUGUGUGGCAUAUACUUAUUUCUUGAGAGAGGAUUUUAACUUAUUGUUUUUAUUUUAAGGUUACAUAUGAUGAUAACCUGCUGUUAUUAAUCUUUUUCUAAAAAGUGAAAAAAAAAGAUACAUGAACUUAAGGUCCCACACUCUGUAUUUGGGAUCUAUAUGAGAUGCAUGCUAAGCUGUGUAUGUUUUUAAUUUUGCACUGCUCUUUCCUGGCAAUUUGUUUUAAUGAUUAUUGCAAAAUAU